UUAGCAUUAGUCAAACAAAAGUCCGCUCCUCCCAAAAUCCUCUCCACAUUUGCAAAAUUGAUGAGUCAAAAUUCCGUUGGAUUUGAUUCCUCGGCGACGAAACUGCAGAAAUGCCGAUGAAUCGCUACGAGAUACGUGACGAGUACAGCUUGGCCGAUCCGGAGCUGUAUCGAGCCGCCGACAAGGAUGAUCCCGAGGCCUUGCUUGAAGGCGUCGCCAUGGCUGGCAUGGUCGGCGUCCUUCGCCAGCUCGGAGACCUAGCCGAGUUUGCAGCAGAGAUUUUCCAUGAUCUACAUGAAGAAGUGAUGGCUACUGCUGUAAGAGGGCACGGUUUAAUGAUGCGAGUCCAACAGCUUGAGGUUGAAGUUCCUUCAGUUGAAAAGGCACUUCUUUCCCAAACUGACCUUUCCUCGGUCUUUUACAAUACUGGUGUUGAUUGGCAUGCUAAUAUACAAUUGGAGCAGAAUCUGGUCACACAAGGAGAUUUGCCUCGUUUUGUAAUGGACUCCUAUGAAGAAUGCAGAGGUCCUCCUCGACUAUUUCUUCUAGACAAGUUUGAUGUUGCCGGUGCUGGAGCAUGUCUAAAACGCUACACUGAUCCUUCAUUCUUUAAACUAGAAACAUCUACAGCAGCUACUGCAAAUGUCCAAAGGGAAAAGAAAAUCAGGAAAGCAAAGAAGAAAGGACCACAUGCAAGAUAUGGAGGAACUCCUGAAACUUUGCAAGAGUCAUCACAUGCAAAACUCCAUCAGCUUUUACUGAAGGAAUGUGUUGAAAAUGGUGUUAGUAAACCUGCAUACCGUGCCAGAUUGAAAAGGAGGCCAUAUGCAUUCCCGUUUAGCUUAAAAUAUGGGAAGAGCUACAUGGAAGAAUUAUUAAAGAAUCCGUCCCCCGAGCAUAAAUUGCUUCAUGGGGUCACUGUGAGUUCACCCUUGCGGAUGUCUAUGGAUGAUCAAAAUGAAUCUGUACUUGAACUCAGAUCAGUGAGUCCUGGUAGAGAAAGUGAAGGAAGCGAAAGUGAUUCUCCUUUUGCAGAUAAAGAGGAAAUUUUGCCGAAAUCAUCCUCAAAUCAGAGAAAUGAUGCUUUGACAGAUAUCAGAACAUAUGGGGUAUCAUCACUUAUUAAUAUUCUUACAGAUGACAUCCCGUCCAUUUUUUAUGAGGAGACCAGUGGAAAGGAUAUAGCUAUAGAUGGGGAAAGGAAAAUGGAAGGCAGCUCAAUAGGUUACCAAUCGGAUGAGGUUGCCAGUGAGAUAGACAAUUUCGUGGAUGCACCUUCAACCAUGGAAUCAGAAAUGGAUACGGACUCUGAGUUGAAGGUGAAUAAUAAAUUUACCUCGUAUAGGAAAAAUCAACCACAGGCUUCUCUUAAAAAUGAAGCACGUUCCCAUUCUCUGUCAUUAGAUUCUCAAUCCACUGGAGACUUCUCAAUAUCAGAUGAGGGGAACAAUUCAUACAAAAAGGAAAUAUCUAGCUUCUUAUCUUCGGACUCUCCAAGAACCUCAGCUGAAAACCCACAAAUAGAAAAAUUAUCUGCUGGUGGAUUUCCAUCUGCUGAUAUUCCUGAAUUUGUUAUAGUUAAUUCAUCAUCCAUUGAGAGAACUCCGCAACAUUCUCCUGCAGAAAAUGCUUCAAAACCUGUGCGUUCUAAUAAUACGUUAUGUGGCAAUGACUCAGCCCCUGAGAACAGGGCUGACUUUGAGCAGCCUACUUGUAGUUCGAGCAGCAUUACUAAAUCAGGUCCUACUUUACCUCAUUAUGAUUCAAGAACAGUUGCAGUAGAAGGAACUGUAAGAGGAGCUAAAUCAGAUGAAACAUUCUCAAACUCGGAUGAAGAUGAAGAAAAGAGAGACCUGAUUUCAGAUUCUCCAUGUUCUCCCAGUGCUUCUCAUUUCAAGUCACUGAAAGAUGAUUCUCAGAGGCCCUCUUCUGGAGAACAUCUUCGUGGUGAGAUACCUUGGAGGUCACCCUAUGCUGCUAUUAGUCAUCAUACCUCUGAUAGUUUAGAUGCUAUAUCUGCUCAUUCGGUGCGUGAUGAUGACUCUGAUCAGAAGAAUCUUAAUCAGUUUCAGAAUAUACCUUCCAUCGUGAACACCGAUAAUAAUAUUUAUGAACACAUAAUUGAUACUGAAGUGAUCUUAUCAAAGGAGAACCCAAUUCCAGGUAAAUUGGACAAAAAGGUCGCGAAGUUGACUGAUAACUUUGCAAAUGAUUACAUUGAAAUAGCCCAUAACGGAGACAAUGUCGCGUCAGAAGUUUCUGAAGGAGACGAAAGAGAUCUAAGUAGUGAUUGCUAUUAUGACGAUCCAAAUGUUGUUUCUGAAACUUUGGACUCUGAAGAGCAUUGCACUAAUCAGAUCAGCACAGGGACUUUAACUUUGCCGGGUAUAGGUCAAACUCCUAUUUUGUUGGAGGAAGGUCUUGUUACUCAUGAAGGACCAACAGCAAUAAAUGGAACCUCUAAACUUGGAUGCCCCAAAACUUCAGAAGUUAUGGGGUUGCAGAUAGGGAUAACAGAUGAGGUCAACCCCAUCGGUCUUUCAGCUCCAGAAAAUUCAUUUUGUAUGCCGGAGAAACUUGAAGAUUCUUCAGGGAUAUCUUACACCACAGAAAGGGAUGGUAUCAACCUCGACAGCGGCAUUGCUGAAGUAGAACAUUCUGAAAUUUCUAGCUCCACAUGUUUGAAAUUACCGAAUCAAAUGACUGAGUCAUUAGAUGAGUUAGACCCAAGUACGAAUCAAUCUGAGAAUGCUAGGAUGUCUUGCUCUACACCUGCAGUUUCUGACAAUUCUAUCUUGGAGAAUGUCAGUUUACCCUCAGGCCUUAAUAUAUUGGUUGAAGAGCAUGUUCCUUGCUUUCAGGAUCUGGGUCUGGGUGUACUUGAGGAUCAUGCAACCAGUCUCUCUGGAUUGAAUAGGGAGUCAGGGGUGGAGGAGGCAGAAGGGAGUGAUAUUUCAGGAAGUCGUAGCGAUUUAGUGGAAGAUGUGGAUGACAGAGAAGCUGCUGCACUAGAUUUUGUUGCAGUCUGUGAAACGAAGCAUGAUGAUCUGGGUCUGGGUGUACUUGAGGAUCAUGCAACUAGUCUCUCUGGAUUGAAUAGGGAAUCAGAGGUGGAGGAGGAAGAAGGAAGUGAUAUUUCAGGAAGUCGUAGCGAAUUAGUGGAGGAUGUGGAUGACAGAGAAGCUGCUGCACUGGAUUGUGUUGCAGUCUGUGAAACGAAGCAUGAUUAUCAUCUCAAACCCAAAGUGUCGCAUACUGAUUUUGGUUCAUGUCUUGAUUCUGAAGCGGUUGAUAUGGUUAAUGCUUCACAAACUCUGACUCCUCUGGAGCAAAGUGGCCUAGAUACAGAAGAUGAUUCUUUCCAUCAAAGUAGUCUAGAGAAUAUAGUCUCUGAUGUUGACUCAUUACACAUCGCUUCUGUGGCUGAAGAAUCUGUCUUGCCAGAAAAUAUUGAACUACAUUCUGCCGCUAUUGAAGAUGCUUUGCCUGAUUCUAUUGAAAUAAUAAGUUCAGAGUUGUCAUCUGCAUUUCCUACAACUCAACUGCAGAUGUUGGAUCAUGAUAAUGGCAAAGGAUUUGACAACUUUACCUCAUCAGUUCCACCUCCUGACUAUUCACCUUCAGUGCCGGCACUUCCAGGUCUACAAAACUAUGGCACUGAUGCCUCUGUGUAUCCCAAGGAUCCAUCGGGGUUAACGUUCCCCCUUGGUAAUUUCCCCCCUGAAACUAAUCAGAUGAACCUACACCAGUCACCUUCUUUGCCACCUCUCCCUCCACUUCAGUGGAGGAUAGGCAAGCCUCAGCAUGCCUCGUCUACUACAGAGGUAGAGAAAAUGGAAAUCAAGGAAGUAUUUCCAGAAGCAAUCUUUCCUCCUGAGAUCUCCACAGGAAAUGUUAGUUCCAUGCCUGAACACUUGAAAGAAUCUCGAAUUCAGAAGAUGGUUGGCCUCCCACAAAAAAUAGAAAACGAGCAGGACCAGGUGCAGCUACAGCCACAGCAGCAACUUUUGAAUCCUACAAUGGAGAAAGAGGUCCCAUCACCAGCUGAAGAAGUUGAAGUUGAAGUUGAAGUUGAAGUUGCUGAAGGGAGUCGAAGGGUAAUAUUGCCUAUUCAAAUAGGCAUGCCUCAACAUGCCUCAUCUACUACAGAGGUAGAGAAAAUGGAAAUCAAGGAAGUAUUUCCAGAAGCAGUCUUUCCUCCUGGGAUCUCCGCUGGAAAUGUUAGUUCUGUGCCUGGACAUAUGAAAGAAUCUCCAGUUCAGAAGAUGGUUUGCCUCCCACAAAAUAUAGAAAACGAGCAGGACCAGGUGCAGCUACAGCCACAGCCACAGCAACAACUUUUGAAUCCUACAAUGGACAAAGAGGUCCCAUCACCAGCUGAAGAAGUUGAAGCUGAAGUUGCUGAAGGGAGUCAAAUGGUAAAAUUGCCUAUUCAAAUAGUCCCACAGUCCACAUUAAAAGAAGAGGGUGAUAACAUGGAUCAGGCAGCUCACCCACCACCAGAAGUAGAAACUCCUCAGCAAAAGCAGCAGCUUCAUCUUGUAUUGCCCAUUCAGGAGUGUGUAGUCCCUUCACCAGCUGUGGAAGAUGGAGUUGCUAAAGGGUAUCGAACAAUUAAACUUCCUCGAACUUGCAACCCUAUUAUUGGUUCUGCUGCUGCUCUUGAUAAGAGUAGACUGCGGAAGGUUACUGAACAUGUCGGACCUCAGAAACAAAAGCAAGAAGGAAGAGAUGCUCUCCUGGAUCAAAUAAGGGCCAAGUCCUUCAACCUGAAACCUGCUGCAACAACAAAGCCUAGUAGCAUUCCGGGACCUAACACCAAUCUUAAAGUUGCUGCAAUUCUGGAGAAAGCAAAUGCAAUUCGCCAGGCCUUGGCUGGUAGUGAUGAAGAUGAUGAAGAUAAUUGGAGUGAUUCAUGAAUCUUGCCUGCCAGUUUAUUCCAAAAUGUCCUCCUUCCUCAUCCACCACAAUCUCUUCAAGUUUCCACCAGCUAUGGAUGUUUCCGGGCAAUAGUCGAGUCUGUGUAAAUAUGUUCGACACACGGAGAAAACAGAAGCUCUGCGAGCACUACCUGGUUCGUUUGCUGUGUAUGUAUGUUGGAGGAUGAGUAGUGUAACAAAUUUUUUCAAGUGUACAAAGCAUGUCCUUUUCGAUUUUGUCUUGGUGAAUACUUGCUCGAAUAGAUCUGUAGAAGAUACAUCAUUAGUUGAAAUUACUAAUUAUUUGUAUCUUUCACUCCUGUGUCAAAAUUCUUGACAUUUGAGUCAUACUUUUUAUAUAUUAGUUUUAUCAUGAAA